CUCACAACGGUGUUUAACCACUUCCGAACAUUGAAAGAAGGGUGAAAAAUGAAGUGCUUGGCAAUUUUGCUGUUAUUCGGAGCAGCCUACGCUUCAAUUCAAGCAGUGUACGACGAACCAAGCUACGGCAAUUAUGAACAACAAGGUGGAUACGAACCAUACGGAGGCGGGCAAUAUCAAGACCUGAGUCAAGUUCUCAGACAAGUGAGAGAUGCAGUUCAGUAUGCUAGAGAAUACAGCGAAGGAAAACUGCAGGAGAGUCAACAGUACCUUGUCGGCUCUGGGCAGACCGAAGGAGAGUAUGACCAACGUGUUCAGCAGUUAAUUCAGCAAGUAAAAUCGCAAGCCAGCCAAUUGACAGAACAAGUUUACCAAUACUUGGAAUACUCGCUGCAGCGAUAUGGCCAGUACUCUCAAUAUCCGGGACACGAAGGCUAUCAUCAGUACUCUGGCAGUCAGCACUAUGAUUAUUCCGAAUACGAAUAUUAUCCCGUUGGCGGUCAGUACUCUGGAUAUUCCGAAUACGAAUAUUAUCCCUCUGGCGGCCAGUACGAAGGACAAUACGGAUAUCAAGCUCGAAGAUUUCUACGCCAAGUCAGAAAUGUUCUCCAGAGAACACAAUAUUACACGGAGAGAAAACUAGAACAAGCACAGCAAACGCUUUCGCAGUACGCGCAAUCUGGACAGCAGCCAAGUCAGCAGGAACAGCAGCUAAUCCAGGAAGUAAAAUCAGAAGCGUACUCUUUGCAGCAACAGGUUUAUAAAUAUUUGCAGUAUCCCCAGGAAGAGGGAAAUUACGAAGGAUCCCAGCAGGUUGCACGAAUUCUCUACCAGGUACAAUACAUUCUGCAGGCCGCACAAUACUACUCACAGAGACAGCUGGGUAGAGCCCAGUAUAUCUUGAGCCAGUACGAACAGUCGGAUUACGAACCGAGUCAGCAGGCUCGGCAAUUGCUGCAGGAAGUACAGGAACAGGCCAGCUAUCUGAGGGAGCAGAUCUAUCAAGGUACUCAAUACUUCUUACAGAAUUCCGGCGACGAAGAUUAUUCGCACCAGCAGUAUGGCCAGUACUACGGUUAUCAGCAAUAUUCUCAUUACGGAAGACAGUUGUAUGAUUACGGAUAUGAAGCAAACCGCUACUAUGAGAGCUAUCAGGGUCAACAGUACGACAGCCACUUGACUAGAGUACUUUCUCAAGUCAGAUACGUUCUGCACAGCGCACAACAGCGUUCGCAGCAGAGACUGCAACAGGCCCAAGAACUGUAUGCAGAACAGCAGCAGCCAGGAAACCAAGUACAACGUUUAGCGCAGCAGCUCAGAUAUCAGGCCAGUUACGUGCAGCAGCAAGUUUACGAAUACACGCAGUACUAUCAAGGCUACGGAGGAUACGAAUCCACAGGCUACUCCGGCUUCAGAAGCCAACUUGAACAACUUCGGGAAAUG